AUGUCUUCCUCAGGAGCUCCUGACUGGAAGUCCCUGCGACAACAAGCCUUGCAGCUGGAAAAACAGUUCUCGACAGCUCCUAAUAUCCCACCAAAGCCUACGGCAGAAGAGCGCGAUACAGAAAAGAAGCUGGAAGGAUUGUUGGAAAAGCGUGAGAAUGUCAUCGCCCAACUCAACCGACUUCUCGAUUCCGACGCCGCUCUCUCCGCUUCUGCCAUGAAACAAAACAAUCUCUCACUCCUCCAAAAGAAAUUCGCCAACCACAAGAAAGAUCUGAUACGUCUGCGCUCAACUACACAAGAAGCUCGCAAUCGCGCGAAUCUUCUGACCAAUGUCCGCUCUGAUAUCGACCAAUACCGCCAGAACAACCCCGAAGCUGCCGAGGCUGACUACAUGCUGGAGGAGCGGAAUCGCAUUGACAACAGCAACGGCAUGAUCGACAACGUACUUGGCCAAGCGAACGCUGUUCAAGACAGCUUCAUCUCGCAGCGCGAAACAUUGGCGAGCAUCAACAGGAGGAUUACGCACGCAGCGAGUCAAGUACCAGGAAUCAACUUGCUUAUCGGAAAGAUAUCGGCAAAAAAGAGAAGGGACGGUAUUGUCAUGGGCAGCUUUGUUGCAUUCUGUUUCAUUGUGUUUUUCCUCUUUUCGUAA